AUGGAGAGAAGAAAGAGUAGGAGAAGCUGCAAUGAUAAAUUGGCAUUAGUAAAGGCAGCUGCAUGGGCAUGGUUUCAACAUGGAUCCGGGACCGACGGCAAACCAGUUAUGCCGGAAUUUGAUGUCAGAAGGACUUGUCAUGCUCCUUACAAACCAUCCAGGUACAAGCUAGAAGCUAUGUUGAUUUCUAAUAUUAAUAAACAAGGCAUGGAAUUUGAAGGGUUGAAAUCACCAAGUGUUGUUGAGAGUAUCUCUGAUCAUUCGCUUCUUGAUACAUAUGAAAUUGAGAGUAUUUCCCGGAAAUUGGAUCAACUUAUAGAGUCUAAUGGUGAAGGCAAACUGUCUAAGGGGUUCCUAGCUGGAGAUGUUCUUGGUAGAAACAAGGCCAAACCGGGAGGCAGAGGCUCAAACUCUGACCUUGAGUGCGGAGAUAAAUGUUCGCUACCACUCAAAUUACAAGCUCCUAAUCUUGUUGAAGAUAAUCGUCGACAAGGAAGAAGUGAGUCACUAAUGGAUGGUAAAACAAAUGGGAGGAAGAACAAGAACAAGAACUUUACAGGGUUUUGGCAUAGGCAUGCAGCAAUAUGUGGCAGAAGUGAUGAUGUUCUAAACACAAAAGCUUUCGUGGUUAGUCGUCGCCGGCCGGGGGAAAAGGGUGUAUAGUACCGGUGGUUAAGGUGGCCAACUGUCGGCCGCGGGCCACGCAGGCCUUGUGAUCAAUUGGAACAUUAAGUUUUUUCUUUGCUUUGGUCGUUGGCUGUGUAAUACUUUGUCUACAGUUAGCUCAACUGUCCUUGAAUGCUUCACUUAGUUUUACUAGUUGUCAAGUUUCAACAUAUAUAAUACAAACGCAACCGAUAUCCAAUUUUUUGAA